AAAGAGCUGGGCGGCAUCUUGGAGGAGACUCUGGCCGGCCUGGCAGAACUCGAUCCAGUCCUGGAAGCUGUGGGGAAGCUGUCUGUCACCUCCCUGCCUCUGUUCACAGACGAGUACCACCAGGCUGUUGAAUUAAAUGCUCCCGACGUUCCUGUGCCCAUUGCUAUCACUAUCUUAGUCGCGCCUUUCCUGCUUCACUUCCAGAGAAGAGCCAAAGAUCUGUUCCUGCCUGACCUCGCCAACAUAGAAAUGCUCGUUCCCCAGCUAGAAACCUACUUACAGAACGCUGAGGAACUCUGUAAGAAACUAAAAAUAAUGAGAGCACUGGAAAGCAUCCAGCAGCCGGUAUUUCCCCACCUCCACAGUGACCUAACCACUGAGAGCUUGCAAGAGAUGUAUGACCACUUAGAGCAGCUGAAUAAAAUCAGGGAAGAUGAACACCUGAGGAUCACCUUUCUUUUCAAAGACAAUGCGCUGAAGUUCAUUGGCCUGCUCAGUGCCCGAAAUUCCAGAAUGAGGAAGUAUCUGCAGGAGCUGGAGGAGACGGCGAACCUUCUGGACAAAGUGGAGAAGGGCACAGCCAUCUCCAGUGUGACAGGCAGCUCGGUGGGGCUGGUAAGUGGGGCGUUGAGCAUUGCAGGACUGGCUCUGGCUCCUGUCACCGCUGGCUUGUCCCUCCCACUGUUUCUGUCCGGCGUAGUGCUGGGCGUCACCAGUGCAGUUGGCAGCGUUGCAACAGGUGUAACAGGAAUCGCCAUGAACAUCCAGCAAGUAAAGAGAUUCCAAGAAGUGUCAAAGAAUUAUGCAAAAGAUGCAGCUGCCAUAACUGAAUUCAUACAUUCAGUAGCCAGCAAUAAAGGCCAGGGUGUUGACAUAGAUAAUGCCAACGUCGACUAUAAGGCAGUUAUUGAGGCAGCAAAAAUGGUAGUGGGGCUCGUUAGCAUAGGGAAGGGUAUCGACACCAUUGUAGACUGUGCCUCGGCUGUUAAUCUGCUUAAAACUGAAAGGCUUGUUGCCAGUGCUGCCAAAGUGGCGCUUCAGGAAGGCAAGGCAGCACGCAGUGUGCCAGGAGCAGUAGACAUCGUGGAUAUUGGCCGAGCUGCCAAAGGGACCCCACUGGCCCUUUCGAAGGCAGCGAGGGUGGGGUUCAUAGCCGCCAACGCGGUCUUCAUGGGCCUGGACCUGUUCAUUAUCUGCAAAGACAGCGUCGGCCUGGCCCAGGGGAAGAAGAACGAGGUAGGACAAGAGAUCCGGAGGAAGGUGAGGCUUCUGAGAGAUGAGCUGGAUUGCUGGGAGCAAAUCCACAGCUCUGUGUGCAGAGGAAUAUGGAGAUUCAGGAAGAGUCAGGAAAUUCUGCAAAGAUCACUUUAUCCCUCCAAUAACAGUUGAAAGAUCUUGUGUGUAGACAAAACGGCAGGAAAAAUUUUGCUUGACUUGUUAAUUAUACACUAAUAAUAAAGCAGCACCAAUGAAUACAAAAUUUUAAAAAAACUAUUCUAUAGGACAUUACAUUUGCAUGAAAUAAGUAUUAGAUUCUGGGGCCUGUCCUUAUGUAAGCAGUGUGAAUGCUUUAAUUUUCAUUCUUUGUCUCUCUAAACCAGCUGGGUGGACUUUUUCCUCUCACCUUGACUCGUUCUGACGUAGACUCAAACAGAUUUGAUUUAAAAGCUUUCAGAAACAUCCUGCUCAUUCCUCUCCUUAAGCAAAUCGCUGGAUUUGUCCUUGAAAACCCACAUGAGAGCCGACCACAGUUGGGAGCUGACAUUUGAGUGAGUUUUUUUUCUGAAAGACCAACAAAAACGUAAACAAAAAAAAGUGUGACCAUCACGUCUGCAUCUUAUGUCUUACAUCUGUCCUUCAUUCAAAUACAAGUGCCAUACUUUGAGAAUUGUACAGCACAACAGCAAUAAGAAUAAAAAUGUUUUCUUUAUGCAAUUGUA